CCCCUCGCUUUCGCGUUUGCCAUCCCCUGUUCCCGCGGUGUGCUAGGAUCAAUGCAUGUCGCCUUGUUUCAGAUUCGACUCGAGUCCCUUUUCCUACUGUAGACAGACAAUUACUCCGCUGUCGAAUGGGCCUACCUUUAUCACUCUCAUUUACUGCGCUAACUGUCCCCCGCCCGAUGUAUGGCCCAUGGACAAGGUUCUUUCGUGCAAGGCCCAGUUUAGCUCUUGAGCCCGGUGUGCU